CCUUACUAGAUCCAAUCUCUCAAUUCAAAAUACGGAAUCACCAUUUCCGUGGAUGCUCCGAGCUCGCCCUUUUCCAGUUUGACACAAAACUCUCCAUCUUCAGAUCCCAUCUUAGUGUUGCCGGAAAAUUCUACACUUUCUUAGGAGAGUCCAUAUUUUAACACUGAAACAGCCAAAUUUUCCCGGAAAACUUCCAUGGCAAAUGGCUGGAAAAGAGAAACCAAACACCCAAAACUUCUCUCUUCCAAGCCUCUUCUCCUCCUCCUCUUCCUCACUAUCUCUCUUCUCUUCUUCUUCUUCUUCUUUUCCUCUCGCUCUCCAUCAAACCCAAAUCUCACAUCUAUUUCAAAACCCAUAAUCCAAACACAAAUCCCAAAUUACCCAAUCCCUCCCUACGAUUGCCUAAAAUCCCCACAGGCCUAUCCAGUAGUUGCCAAUACUGUAGAAAAACUCAAGUACCCAUUUUUAUUCUCUCUCUCGGAUUUCGGGUCAUUACCCGAUAAGCCCCAUAAGAACAUUGUGAGGCUUCUAAAAGGAAAGCCCUUCAGGAAACCGGAUAUAUCGGCAACAAUUCAGGGAUUGUUGGAAGGGAUGAAAGGGAAAAAUGGGUUGGUGGUGGAUGUAGGCGCCAAUGUAGGUAUGGCGAGUUUUGCUGCGGCAGUUAUGGGAUUUAGAGUUUUGGCAUUUGAACCAGUUUUUGAGAACUUGCAGAGGAUUUGUGAUGGGAUUUGGUUUAAUAAAGUUGGGGACCUAGUCACUGUUUUUGAAGCUGCUGUUUCUGACCGGAUUGGGAAUAUUACUUUUCAUAAGCUGGUUGGCCGACUUGAUAAUAGUGCUGUUUCAGCCACUGGUGCAAAGCUGGCAUUCAAUUCCAAUGAAGAAAUAGCUGUUCAAGUGAGGACUAUUCCCCUUGGCGAACUAAUUCCAGACUCAGAGCCAGUGCUUUUGCUCAAAAUUGAUGUUCAGGGCUGGGAAUAUCAUGUAUUGAAAGGAGCCUUAAAGUUACUGUCAAGAAAGAAGGGUGAAGCUCCAUACUUAAUCUAUGAGGAAGAUGAACGUUUAUUGCAAGCCAGCAACAGCAGUGCCAGAGAAAUCCGGGACUUCCUAAAAAGUGUGGGAUAUUAUCAUUGUAACCAGCAUGGUACAGAUGCUCACUGCACCAAGGAGUAAUGAAGGUGGUGAAAUUUGCCAUGGGGAAGAAACGUAGCUGGAAGACUCGGUUUCCACAUCUUUAUUUUUGAGAAACGAAAUGAGUUUGGCUGCUUGGCUUCAAUGCGUGAUUCUUUUUCAUUUUUGCUCUUCCAAAGAAUUAUGCGUAGCGUGUGGUGAGCCAAUGAUACCACUGCUUCAAGACUUCAAAUUAUACGAGUUAAAGGGGGCUAUACUUUGGAUCCAAGCGUUGCUGGUGUUACAACUGCCAAAUUUAACUCAUGUAAUUACACUCCUCGAAGAGCUGCUUGUGGAGCCCAGAUUACAGAAAACAAAAACCUUGUCCAGGUUAACAGCCAGUAAAUUUUUUAUUCAGAUUUAGUGUGCAAAUUCAAGCUUCUUGAUUGUAACUUUUCCUGGUCAUGUUAUUUGCACAAGUAUAUUCUUCAAAGAGAAAAUGUUAUAACCCUUUGACCUCUAUUAUGGGAAACUGAAUAGAUUACUAGCUGAAAGUGUUGAUAGUA